AUGAAGAUCACAUUAUUUCUAGCAUUGUUCGUUGUCCUAGCCAUUGCCUUGAGCACAAAGCCACUUCUCGGAGCAGCGGCUUCUGCCCCGGAGACCGUGCUUGACACUUCCGGCAAAAAAGUCCGAACCAGUGUCAAUUAUUAUAUUGUCCCCGGUUCAUACCCUUAUGCCGGAGGUAUUGCAGUUGCCAGUGUUAAUCAAACUUGUCCAUUUAACGUUAUAGCCGGAGAUUCUUCUAAUGGUCCCCUGCCAUUAUAUCUCUUACCCGUUAAUGAGAAGAAAGGCGUUAUUCGUAUCCACACUGAUCUCAACAUUUUCUUCUCGGACGGCGGCGUAGGAUGUCCCGAUUCGACAGUGUGGAUGCUUAAGGACUAUGAUUCUUCGGCCGCACAAAAGUUUGUGACCCUUGGUGGCGCAUUGGGCAACCCUGGAAAGGAGACACUGGCGGAUUGGUUCAAGAUUGAGAAGUACGAGGAUGCAUAUAAAUUGUACUAUUGUCCAAAUGUGUACUAUGAUGGAAGUUAUCCAUGCAGCGAUAUAGGGAUAUCUGAGGAUGAAUAUGGUAAUAAGCGUCUAGCUCUCAGUGAUGUUCCAUACAAAGUUCGGUUCCAACUUGCAUGA